AAGAAAACAGAGCGACGUGCAUGGCCUGUUUUCCUGGUUGAGAAUGCACUUGGCGUUACGGGACUUCUCGCUACCACCCCUCCCACCUCCUGAUCCUAUCUAUCCCACCUCUCCUCCUUCUGUCGUCAUGCCGUUGUAUGUCACGGCGGCCCACUCAUCGCGCGUGAAGAAACCGGCCAAGAGACCCGCCCUUUCUCACUCUUCCUCCGCGUCGUUCGCGAAUCUUCCACGCACCAAGCCGUCCAUUCGCAAAGCAAAGUCACUCCCUGCUGCUAUCGACGAUGAGUUGGACGAGGGAGAAGAUGGAGAAGAGGAUAGGUUGAUUCCCAGCGGCAAAGUCCUCUCCACCGUCUCCAUCGAGUCCGCCAAAGAUGUCUUGACUGCCGUGCAAUAUGCUCGCGCAUCCAUGUUUGCGGCACUUCCAGAACGGGCUGGAAUGAACAGUGUCCGCAUCGCUGCGGUGCUCAAUUUCCAGCGAAACAUGCCGGCCAUCGUGUCCUUGGCUCAUGUGCAUGCUCUCGUUGCUGCGUCGUCCAAAACUGAAAGAGAGAUUGCAGCCUUGCAGAAUGCGGGUAAGCUUCGAAAGAUCAAGGUCACCGGCCGAGGAAACGACAUCAGUGGCUUGAGCGAAGUUUUGAUCACAAUGCAAGAUCUCCAAGCCCUGUUGGAGCGAAGCGAUGUUGCGCCAGACGCCCGUGCAGACUUUUGCGAUGUGCUUCGUCGUUAUCCGCGAGCUGCAUCCAUCCCGUCUCAAGAGCUACCUGCGCCACAUGUGGCGGCACUGACUCGGACUGGCUUUCUUGUGUCCUCGUCGUUGGCAGGCUCGCGAAAUCUUUCGUUGGCUGGCUCAUCCCUAGUCUCCAUGCCCAAAGUUUCUCGUGCUGCCUCAGGUUCUUCCGGUGCCGUGGGCGGAGAUGCCGCCUUUGAGAAUCUCGGCGGUGUCGGUGCUGCGAGGCGAUCAAAAUCUUCUUUUCAUCACGCGCAAGGCUCCCAAGAAGGAGAGUUGGCUUUGUCCGUACCAAACAUCGGCCCUUAUCUGAGACUUUUGCAGUCUGGGCGGACGCAUCUUCUCCAGCUCUUGGGCAGGUCAAAAUACAAGGAAGCCCCGCUGUAUCUCCUGCGUGAACGGUGGGAUGGCGCUGUUGACUCCGAAAGCAGAGUCUCGACCGCCAAACAAAUUAGGGGAGAGUUCUCCGAAGUGAUGCCGGCCAAGACCAAGAAGUGGAAGGACCUCUACGGCCUGAACUUUGACUGGGUCCUCGAGGAAUGUCUCGGUGCCGGCCUAAUCGAGUUGUUUGAGACUCGCAGCGUCGGCCUCGGCGUGCGUGCGUUGACCUGAGCGCUUGUGCAGCAACACUAGCCGGUCUGCUAACCCUCCGAAACGAUUUCCGUUUACAACCAGCGGGGGGCGAGUAUUGCCCAUGGUUCACCUGUCGGCUCCAGAGUGUCUACACGACCGAGACAUUCAAGAGUCAAUGUAGAACAGGCUGCGAUUACGCCAAUAAACACAGUCAACGUCUCAGGUGGUUGAUGGAUUUGCUCAGGGACGAGCUAUCAACUAUACCUACGCGUCAAACACGACGACAGCAGCAAACAAGACAAAGGCUCACAUUGACACACGAGAGCCCAGUGCGAAAGCUUGUCACCGCUUGGGGAGAGACAUGGAAAGAAGAUAGACAAUGCUAGCUCCAAGAAGACUAUGGAUUCGAGAAGUCGGAUACCUCGCACUGUCGUUGGAAAGAUGUCGGAGAACAUGAAUGUUUAGCUUCUUCAGAAGAGUCUGUUUGAGGGGGGAAGCAUUAGUCGCGAGGGGUUUGAGUGAGCAAAGGAUCUAAUAAUGCUCGACGAGAUCGACCUCGCGAUGAAUGCAUGUAUACCGUUGAACUUAGG